AUGAGUAUCAGUGAUGAAUUGAAGGAGCAGGCACUCCAUUUCGACUACGAGAACCCGAAGCCUGUUGCAUUCUACUUGAACUGUCUGGAGACAAUGUUCAACAAAAUCGCUCCAAAUGCCACUGAGGAGCAACGCGACAGCUUCAAAGGAAUGAAGAGAAACCUUUUUCUCACCCAUAUCGAAACAAUCACGUUGAUCAAGAACAAAACCGAGGGAAAAAUCAAUAAAGAUAAGGAGAAAGUCAAAAAAUGGAUGGAUGAGUAUGAUGCUGUAAAAUUGUUUGCUCUCGAAGGCGAUGGCCGUAUUGCUACUGAAGAGACGCUGGAAGAGGCGAAGUAUAAAAGAGAUAAAGCGGUCAAGGAGAUGGAGAAUCUCCAGUUUGAGUUGGCAGCCAUCGAUGACAAAUUGAUCGCGCAGGAAAAGGAGUACAAGGAACUGGUAAAGAAGACGGAGGUGGAAAACGAGAGAGAGAUUGUUUGCCACUAUGAAGAAAUGGCGGCAUUGCAAAUGGAACUUGCUAUGAAACCAUGCCACUAA